AUGAAUUGCUACUGUGGAUCGCCAGUAAAAUGCGUAGUAAGUAAAACAGGUGGACCUAGUUAUACGUGUGCCUUAAGUAGAUGUCGUUUCUUUGCAUUAGCACCUGUGCAGGCAGAAGGAUACCGCAGAGUCGUACCGCAUCUUGGCCAAACCGAUAAUUCUGUGAUGGUGCGCUUUGAGGCGGCUUUACAUCCUGAGCACAAGACCACACAUGUAACUGCGACGGUGUCUAAACCAGAUUGUGAAGUUGUGUGUAGUGUUUUGGAGGAUCCACAAUUUCAUCCAUUAUGGUAUGUGACGAAAGAGGCCUAUUUAUAUCCGAUGGAAUCUUAUCAUGCACUCGUUGUAGCUCUUAAACGGUUAGCAACAACCAUAACUACCAUACGUGUAAUGGUGGAAGAGAUACCACCGUUUUUCUUUCGUUGUUUGAAUGCUGCUGAAGAGGUACGAAUACAACAUGAACGAAACGUUGAUGGUAAUGCCUCUCAGAAUGCAGAUGAGGAAGAUGUAGUGUAUUCACAAUUACGAUCGUUUCAAAAACGAGGUGUAGAGUUUAUUAUUUCUCGUGGUGGACGUGGUAUGAUUGCAGAUGAUAUGGGUCUUGGUAAAACGAUUCAAGCGAUUGCUGUGGCUCAUCAUUACCGUGAUGAAUGGCCUGUACUCAUAAUAUGUCCACUUUCACUUGUAGAAAAUUGGGGGAAGGAGUUUACACGGUUUUGUGGUAUUCCUGCUGGACGAAUAGCUAUUCUUCAAACCAGUAAAACUCAUGUAGAAGAUGUGCAUAGUGUUGUUAUUGUCCCAUAUUCUUCUCUUAAAUGUUUAGAUUCCAUUGAGUUAACGUUUAAAGUAGUGAUUCUGGAUGAAUCUCAUUAUAUUAAAUCGGUUGAUUCUAAAAGAACAAUGGCGGCUCUUAAACUAUGUCGUGCUGCUAGUAGAGUUUUACUUCUUUCAGGAACUCCAACCUUGUCAAGACCUAUUGAAUUAUAUCCACAAUUACAAGCUAUAAUGCAUCCAACGUGGAUUCCUACAAAAACACAAUUUGGUGCGAGAUAUUGUAAUGCCUUUGUAGGACGUUUUGGUGUUGAUUAUACUGGUCACUCUAAUAUGAGUGAACUUCAUGUUUUACUACAACAAUUCGUUAUUCGUCGAACGAAACGAGAAUUAGGGGAUGAACUUCCAUCAAAGAGUAGACAAUUACUUUAUGUUUAUGUUACCCCAAAGGAAAAGAAGGCAUUAGAGAAGAGUGUUUCUGCUCUUCGUGAUUCCAUGAGGGAAAAUCUCUCAUCAUUAUCAUCUUCAGCUUCUUCUCCUUCUCCAUCUACCGGUAUAUCAUCUGCAAUCUCUAGAGGAGCAGUGACCUUUGAUCUUAAGAGAGCCACAGCCCGGGCAAAGAUUCCCGCUGUUCAGGAUUAUGUGAAAAGUACAGCUGAACAAAUGGUGGAAUCUCGUCAAAAAAUGAUUGUCUUUGCACAUCAUCAAUGUAUGAUGGAAGCUAUACGUGAGGCGGUAGAGAGUGUACAACCAAAGCAACCAUUAGAUUACAUUUACAUUACAGGCGAUACACCAGCCACACAACGGGAAACUCUCACUACACACUUUCGUUCUUCACCUAAUUGUCAUGUUGCUAUUCUUUCCAUGCACACUUGUGGAGUUGGACACAAUCUUACAUGUGCUACAAUGGUUGUAUUUGCGGAACUCGAUUGGAAUCCAGGUACACAUAUGCAGUGUGAAGAUCGUGUUCAUCGUAUGGGUCAAUCUUCUGCUUGUGUAAUUAAAUAUCUUCUUGCUGAGGGAACUUCCGAUAGUGUGAUUUGGCCUAUGCUGCAAACUAAACUCACGGUUACUCAUGCCGUACUGGAAGAUAUCACAACUGGAGGCGAAGGAUUGAGAUCUGGUGUGGACACUCAUCGUAUUCAACGCUCAGAUAUUCCGCUUACACCAUCUUCACAAGAAAAGAAACAAACAACUCUUGAUGGGUUUCUAAGCAACUCCGGUUCACGCUCACGACCACCAACACAGAAUAGUGAAAAUGGAGGAUCCGUUUGUGAAACUGUCAAGAACAACGAUAAUAAUAAUAAUAAUAAUAAUAAUAAUAAUAAUAAUAAUAAUAAUAAUAAUAAUAAUUAUAAUUAUAAUAGUGAACUUCCACAGGGACAUGAAGUACAGAAGACACCCUGCAAGAGUCAAACAACAACAACAACAAUGGAAGAAACAUCAGGAAAAGCAGAUCAUUCCCCUCUUCUUGAUAUUACAAAACUACGUCAGAUGCGUGAGGCAAAACGGGCUUCUUUGCCAGUUUCUUUAACUCCGAAAUGUGCUGAAAUUAAACUUUUUACUAAUACUACUACUACUACUACUACUACUACUACUACUACUACUAUUAGUGGUAGUAAUUCUGGUACUUCGCCUUCUUUACAAGAGGUGAAAGUAAAUGAAGUGAAGAAUAAUAAUAGUUCAACAACACCUUCUUCAGUUUUGACAAAUCCAUCUGGACGAACAUCAGGCAAUUUUCGUAUAUCCAUUGCGACGAAUACACUUAAUCAAAUCUCUCCAUCUACUGUUUCUCACACUCCUGCACAACUAUCCAUAGUGAAUCAUCCUUCCUCUACAAAGACAAGUGUUGUAAAUACAGUCCCUGUUGUUAACAUUAAUAAUCAUGAGGAAACAUCACGAAUACCACUUGUAUCACGUAGUGAAGAAUUACGUCGAUAUAAAGCUCAACGGACUUUAUUCGUUAUUGGUGGAUGUGCGGAAAAGCGGCCGAGACAAUGUGAAGAUGAGCAGCCUCCAUCACAAUAG